AUGGCCGUCUCUCUGUCUUCUCGGCCCGUGUUAAUGAUUUGGUCUUUAAUUGUCUACGAAACUAGCUGGGUAUACAUUACCCUUUCCUUGGAUUUUUUCUCUGCUUUUCUCUUCAUUCGAUCUGCCUCACCCUCUCUCUUUCCUACUCACUCUCAAAAUUUUUCUUCCACCAUCCUUAUACUUCUUUCCAUCUUUUCUUACAGUAGCUAUACUCUCGUGAAACCCGGGGUCACAAACUCACAUCUAUCCAACCAAAUCUAUCUAUCUGUCUAUCUAUCUAUCUAUCUAUCUGGUGGAAGUCUACUCUCGUGCAUUAAAAGAAAACAAACGUACAUCCACAUCGAAAUCUAUCUAUCUAUCUAUCUAUCUAUCUAUCUAUCUAUCUAUCUAUCAAUUUUGGAUAAUUUAAUGAUAAUUUGGAAAAAGUCCUGUUCCCGGAGAAAUGCUGAGGGUUCAGGAAUGCUUAACUUUAAUCUAUCUAUCUAUCUAUCUAUCUAUCUAUCUAUCUAUCUAGUGGAAGUCUACUCCUCUUUAGUUUAUACUGAUUAUAUUUUUAACUGUUCGUUGAUGUGUGAUAAUUCUAUCUAUCUAUCUAUCUAUCUAUCUAUCUAUCUAUCUAUCUAUCUAUGCGAUAGUCAAUUUCAUGCUUUAAAUGUCGUCUGA